AUGGCCAGAGCAUAUGCAACCCGAAAGAUCGGCAAGCCCGUGGCACCGCCGCCUGGUAUCGGGGGUGGAGGCUCAAGCUUUCUGGACAACGCGCACGCGUCUGUGGGAUUCGGCGGAUCAGACACGAGAGAAGUUCAGACGCUGAAGUCUCAGAGGGCAGACUUGGAGAAUAAGCUGAGAUUGAGCGACGCGAAGAUUGAGGAAUUGAAGAAGGGGGAGAAGGAGUUGAGAGCAUCACAAGAGGGGAAGGAAAAUCAGUGGGCCCAGGAAAGGGCAGACUAUGAACAUUCGCUGGCAAAGCUACAGAGUCGGGUUGAGGAUGAACAAGGAAGGGCUGAUCGGGAAAUCCAGCGAUUAAAAGUUGAUCUCGAUAGCAGAGAGGCAGCAUUGGAGCUGAAAGAGAAAGGAUUGGAGCGAGAGCGGAAAGAGGGACAACGCAGAGUCAAAGAUGAAAUACUGGAAGCAAAACGGAGAUAUGAGGUGGACGUGGCACGCAUAGCGCUCGAAUCUAAUCCGGAAAGAAGGCAGAACAAAGAAGUGCUGAGUUCGGUGCGACGCGAAGGCUACAUCGCGGGUCAAACAGCUACAAGGAACGCUUUGAGGCCGGAGAUCGAGGACCUCCAAGAGAGCCUGAGGAACACGAGGGCCACGAUCGAUAUGAGAGAUCGCAAGCUUACGGACAUGAGCGUUGAGCUUAGUGAAGUCUCUACAAAGCUUCUGUCCGAAGCAAAGCGUGCCGACUCACUUGAAGAGAAGAACGGAGUCCUGGAGGGGGAGCUCGAUCGAAGAAGAGAGCGUGGCGACAAACAUCGCGCCAAUUACUCGGCUUACCGUGAGCUGUGGGCGACCUUGAAAGACGAGCGGCAUCAGCUCGCAGGCCUGGUUCUGGACUUGGGCAACGAAUUUGCCAGGGGCCGUAAUCUCUGGAGCGAGUCUAAAGAUGCCUUCCGAAAUUCGAAGGCGCUACUCUUCUUCCACCAAAGCAGGGAAUACUCAGCCCUGAGGGCGUCCGUCUUAGAAUACUUGCAAGGGAAGGCUGAUGAGUACAAGGAUGCAGAGCAACAUGUGACAGGUCUUAGACGACAGACGUACGAACAAGGCGAGAUUCUUUCAGAAUCUGCGCACAAGUCACGAGAACUUUCGAGACACCACCACUGGCGUGAAAUCGGCACCUCUUUUACCUCGACAUACCUCACAGAACAAUAUGCGAAAGUGUAUCCGCUCAGGGAACGGCAGGUAGAGGUCGAUCGUCGCGCACACGACAUUCGCACGAAGCUGGCCAAGGCUUCGGGCACGGAGAUGCUCCAGUUGCAGAAGACCCUCUCGAGGCUGAACGAUUCCAAGUUCGUAAUCAGACAGCUUGCUGAGCUUUUCGAACACUUGCGCGAUUACCGAGCUUGGGAGACGCUGCUGCAUGAUUCACCGGUGGAGAAGCGUGUCCACAUGGAAACGUUGGACUUGGACCGCAAGAGGGCGAGAGCGGCUAGUCGCGCCUUGAAUAUCAUCGAAGAAGGCAACAUGAAAGACAAAGGGUACGCGUUCCGUCUCGAGCACCAGAAGAACGACAGUGCGGCACGUGAAGCAUUGAAGCAAUAUGCGGACGUGAUCAGGAAGAGAGCUCUUGUGCAGCAGGACCUCGGGAAGCUGAGCCCGCGAGAAACCGGGAAGUAUAACCUGUUCAUUCGCAAAAAAAUGGAUUCCCACAGGCAGGCCUUCGAGGCUGCGCUGGACAGCGUAGGUGGUUCAUCUACCCUCAGGGCAGGGAGAGUCGCGCGCCAGGCGGCGGCGGCUGCGGCUCGGGCUUCACUUGCCAAACUUCCUGCACAGCGCGCCGGCUGGAUGAUUCGGACGAAGCAAUCAGCUAACGAAUCUUCCUCCGACCAAAGGAAGCUCGCGCAAUGGCACAAGACGUUGGAGGACCUGAAGGCCGCCGAAUCAAUGCUGCUGUCCGAGUCGCCGGUGCGUGAGAAACGAUUGCGAGUAGUGCGACACCAGAUCAACAGCUGCCAAGCCAAGAUUCAAAAAGCGACGAAACACGCGACUCCAGGCAGUCAAAGCAGUCAAAGCAGUCAAAGCAGUCAAAGCAGUGUGUCUGGCACUGCAUCUGGAGAGUCCGCUUCACAGCCGUCAAUGACGGAGAGCAGCCCGCCAGAUGAAACGAGGGUCGUCCGCCGCGUUCGGCCAAUCAGUAUGCGCCUGAGACUCCGACAGGCCCGAUCACAAACACCUGCAUCACCCACCAUGGAAGGCCUACGAAGUUCGCUCUCUCACGCAAUUGAUGAACGUAAGCCGGGCUUGAAUCUGCACCCGACAGAGGCUCGAAGAGCUUUUCACUCAUCGCCCGACUUCGGCGGACUCUGUCUUGCGGAACGCGACACGCGCAGCGGAAUUCCUCGCCCUUCACUCGUGGCUGCUACACACCAGAAGCCUUUGAGCUCCGUGACGGCCAUGUUGCGAUCCACAGCCACGCCUCGAGAUGGCGAUGCCGCUCACGAUGCGAGUGCGCUCCACAGCGAGAUGGAGUCAUUGUGCCUGGCCGAUGCGCACCAUUGCUCCACAGGAAGCGUACCCUCCCAACAAACAUGUGAUGGAGCUUCUGAUCGCAACACUGAGACAAUGGACAAGAUUACAUCAGACAGCAACGUUCAAGCUGAAGAGUCUGAAGCAGCGUCGGAGCCCAAUGGUGCCGCCGCGGGAGGUCAAAUCAAGGAACUGGAGUAUCAAAUCCCCGCCAGAGACUAUCGCUCUGCCGUCAUGGCCUCAACGAACUCCAACGCAGCUUUCUGGUCGUACAAUCUAUACAAAGGCAAAGAAGGAAAGAAACCGUCUGUGUACUACUGCACGGACUUCGCCAAGGCAGAAGAGCGCGCCAAGCUGUUCCUUGACGAACCGGUCCUGGGGUUCGACCUUGAAUGGGAGAUGGGCGCUAGCUUGAAGAGAACACCAAUCGACAUCAAGCAGAAUAUCUCUUUGAUCCAACUUGCAUCCGAGGAUAAGAUCGGGCUCUUUCAGGUCGCGCUGUUCAAAGGCACCAGCGUGGAUGAGCUCCUGCCUCCCACUCUACGACAGAUACUGGAAUCUCCGAGCAUCGCCAAGUGCGGCGUCAACGUUGGAGGCGACGCAAGACGUCUGAAAGCCUGCAUGAAUGUGGACAUGCAGGGUGUGUUUGAGCUCAGCCAUCUUUUUAAGAUAGUCAAGCUUUCUGCCACGGAACCACAAAAGGUCAACUUCGGGCUGGUGUCUCUGGCCAAGCAGGUCGAGGGCGUACUUCUUCUGCCACUGAAGAAAGACUCGACACGCACAAGCGCAUGGUCUCAUCGACUGAACACGCAGCAAACAGACUACGCGGCCUCUGAUGCGUAUGCUGGAUUCCAGUUGUACUACAAGCUGGACAAUGAGCGUAUUGGCAUGUCACCUCCGCCAUCUCGUCCUGCAUUCUCUGAAUUGAAUCAGCCGAUGGUACUGGGAAAUGGCAACAAGAUUUAUAAAGGUAGAAGCAAAGCAGAGUGGCUGGCCCGGGAAAACACUGCCACGCCUGAAAUCACUGCAGCCGCAGAGGAGGAAGUCGAGGAGGACGAAGAGUUCUUUGAUGCUGUGGAGGAGCCGGAUCCUUACGAGAUUACUACACCGGCUGUCAGCCCUUCAAAUUUCCUAGCAGGAUCAUCUGCUGGUGACGCUCAGCCAGCUGUCUCGGGGCGGGUCGCCUAUCCAGAGCUUCCGAAGUUAGAUUCGUCCCCUGACGUGAAUCUCAUGACCGCACCGCAGACAAAUAACGAGCGCGACGCAUCGAGUUCAGAUGGCGCCCGAGUCUCCUGCCAACUUGAAGGGAUAACGACAGCACCUUCUAAGUUCACUCGACCAGACACCGAACAAACUCGACUCGCCGAUGCUUGGGUGGAAAGGUGGCGAAGUUCCCUACCACCCGACUACAAUGUCGUUGGUCGGCCGCGGGAACUACGCGCGUGGCAUCUUUGGCACGAUCAAGGACAUACUAUGGACGAAGUUGCUGCCCUGCUGAAGGAUCCUCCAUUGGUCAUGACGACCGUUGCGAGCUACAUUCUGCAGAGCAUCAAGGCGGAGAAUUUGCCUUAUGAUAAGCAGAGGGUGAAGGAGGUGCUGAGGGUCUUGCCCCAGGUUGCAAGGGCGAGGUAUCCGAAGAUUUUGCAAGACGUCGGGGAUCCCUGA